GCGCGAGAUUGAUUGAGCUUUGCUUUUGUUUUGUUUGUUGUUCUUUCCACUGAGCGAGUAAUCUAUAGUUCUUUCCGUACCUUUCCUUAAUCGUCUGAUUUCAUCGAGAUUUCACCGGUGUUUGUUCUGUUCUAUCAUAACAACAACUCCUAAAUUACCUUUUUAAACACAUGAUCUGAUACCCGUGUCUGAUACAUUACUUGGUCAGUGAUCUGAUAAAGAUAAAAGAAUGUGACAAACCUCGAUAGUGUGUUAUCACCUUCACGAAAAAAGCGGAAAAGUUUUUGUAAAAUAUUUUAGGGUCUAAGUAAGUUUAGAGAUAAUUAAAACACUAUUUUCCGACAACAAAAUGACAUCACGGGGAAGUCUAGGUAGCCACGACAGGAAACUACGCUACCGAGCUUUACUGGACAAUUUGUCAACAUUGGAAGACGAAAAUGACAAUAAUGUACAGCGAAUGGACAAAACCGCCAACGCCGUGCGUGAAGCACAAUCCCUGCUGGCCGAGGGCGGAGUGGAAGAGCGAGUGAAACAUCCAGGGGAGGGUUACCUUGAUUCUCGUGUGUUGAAAGCGACCAGCGACCUUGCUGUACGAUGUUCCGAAGCGGUCAGUGGGAAUGCUAACACAUAUGACAAACAUGAGCUGGCUCAGCAUAUUCGCGAGAACCCGUCGUUCUGGUCGUUCCCGCCUCCGCUGUGUGUGCCGCCAUCUUGGUAUAUGUUCGGCACAUUCGCGCCCACGCCGCCCGAACAACGCGUGCGCGCGCCUCGCGCUAGAGCCGAGAGGCAACAGGCAGCCGCGCUCAAAGCGCCAGACAAUGUCGACAAGCUAGAGAAAGUCGAGGAAGGCUCAGAGAUGGUGACGCGGGUGAACCGGUUCAUCCAGAAGAGUUACCGGACUAGCACCAAGCCCCUGAGCUAUUUCCACCUAGUCCUGGACCCUGAUAGCUUCGCGCGUACCGUGGAGAAUAUAUACAACGUGUCGUUCCUGGUCAGAGAUGGGAUGCUGGCGGUUCAAUUAGAUGAGGAAUUCGGUUUGCCGUUCGUGACUCCAUUAGCUGGGAGCGACGCGGGCGGAGGGGACAUCACCGAAGAAAACCAGUUUAUUGUAUCAAUAGACAUACAGCGGUGGCAGGAGCUAAUAGAAGCGUUCGAUAUAAAGAAACCCAUGAUGGUUCUGAAGAGGAGUUAACACUUGGAUACAAGUUUUUACGUAGCUUUAUAAUGAAUGACCUGUUAUUAAAAUUGAUUUUUACACAGAAACUAAUGUCUUUUCAUUAUUUAAUGAAUAUCGACCGAACCUCAUUUUGGUAACAUUGAAUCUAAGGUUUUCGUUUAAAAUUCUUAAAAGUUCACAAGAAAAUUCAACCAAGAUUUUA